GCGCGAGACGUGUGCGUCUCAUCAGUCGAUCGCGGCGCGAGGACUUGGAACGCUCAGGUGUAUCGUUCGGAACGGGCACUUAUCGCGCAGGAAACUCGGAAAACUCGGUGCAAGGAAGCAAGGAGCCGGCUCGUGGAUCAGUUGCGAGAAGAAUCGUAUAAUAGCGGAUAAUAAUCGAAUAAUAAUAAUCGUCGACGUAACAUCUCUGUAUUAUUAUCGCCGACAUCGAUACAAAUCUUGGUGUGCUUGUAUAAAAAAAAGUGUGUAGAGACGAAUAGAAAUUAUCCGCGGAAUUGCGAGAAAAAUGCAAUUCGACGCGCCGUUUGACAAUCAGCUGUUUCAUUUCGGCGCGAAAAUAUUCGUUUUCGCGAUCGUUUGCGGCGGAUUCGUCGUAGGACAAGUUAGCGCUCAGUAUCAUGGCAAUCCUGAUCACGUAGUCUUUCCCGGACCGAUUGGCUCGAGAUCGAGGGCCCUUGAUGUUAAACCCACGAAGGGCUCUGCGGAUGACAGGGAAAAUGCGCUGAUACCGCUCGGUUUAGCCAUUAAAUUAAAUUCCAUAGAAACGUCGGACGAAUUUUUGCAACUUCUUCAAGGUGUUCCCACAAAUGAAAAGGAGUCUACAUUAAGCAGUAGAUUUGGCGAAGGCGUGGAACGAUCGAACGCAGCGAAACCGGUACAGGCCAAGUGUAUGCCCGAGUUGCAACCCGUUUCUCUAAAAGUGGACGACGAUCCCUCGACGAUUAUCUUCCCAUCCUGUACGCGGAUCAACAGGUGCGGCGGCUGUUGCGGUAGUUCCUUGCUCUCUUGCCAGCCGACAGCCGUGGAGAUCCGAAACUUUGAGGUGAUCGUGGCGUCGAUGAAUGAGCUGAAUUACUCGGGUCGACGAAUUGUGCCGUUGGAGGAGCAUACUAAAUGCAAGUGUGACUGCAAAAUCAAACAGGAGCACUGCAACGACAAGCAGCAUUAUGAGCCGCAUAAUUGCAAAUGCGUCUGCGACAACGUCGAUGAGGCGGAGAAGUGCCGAAAGAACAACGAUACGAAGAUCUGGAACCCGGAUCUUUGUAUUUGCUCGUGCAGAUCUGUCGAGCCAUGCAACACCGGAUAUUACUUCAACUACAACACGUGCAGAUGUGGACCAAUAGGGUUGUCUAGACCAAUAAACAGAUUUGUAUCCACGAAAGGUUCAAAUUACAAUUUCUCUAACCGUCGGCCCGAAAAUGUGCCGCCUGUGAUAAUCCCAUUGGACCCAUCAGAUCCUAGAAGAAAACCUAAGGAGGAUCCAGAAUAUAAGUGAUAAAAUAAGAAUAUAUAAAAAAUAUAAUAUAUAUAAAGAUAGAUAAAUAAAGAAAUAGGACAGAUAUACAAAUUACAAGACUGCUAAAACAUGGUCACUUUAUUAAUCUCGUUACCGAGAUAAGACUUGUUAUUAAUGUCU